AUGCGUGACGGACAGCUAGUGACCGGUUAUCGAAGUGAUAGAGGUGUUGGACGAAUGGAAAAACGUGAAAUUGGCGAACUUGAACCAUAUUUAGAAAAACGAGGUGGAUUUUCAUGGUUACCACAAAGUGAUACAGAAUAUUAUGCAUCUGAAGCUGCACAUGCAAAUUUAAAAUUUGCUCAACAUGAACGUGAUGUUAUGAAUGUACCUGAUUAUUUAUUAUGGUCCAUUGGAAAUUUUUUUCUUUUUUUUGUUUUGGGAAUUAUUUGUAUUAUAUUAUCAGUACGUGUUCGAGAACAUAAACGUACACAUGAUUAUGAUACAACAUUAAAAAUUUCAAAACGUACAUUAACAAUGAAUAUAUUUUCAACAGUUAUUGGUAUUGCAUUUCUUGUUACAAUGCUUGCUUUACUUAUAAAUAAAUCAUCUACUACAUUCUGA